AUGGCUCGCAAGUCGCGCCGCAGGAGCCCCAGCCAAAAACUCCGCAGAAAGUUCCAAGAGAGGCUGAGCACACUUAAAAUAAAAAUUACAGAACUCAAUGCCGUUACGGAGGGCCGAGCGACUAUGGUGUGGACGUACAAGGGCGAGACGUCGAUUUGCGGAGACGAGCAGCUCCUGGAGAGUUUGCGCUACAAUCCUGGAGUUUACCCAAACCGUAUUGGCCAUCCAACGUCGCCAUCCAAUUCGACGUCUUCGUCCGCGUCGCAUAACGAGCGCUUCCAAAUUCCCACCGAGAAGAGUUCGUUCGAAAACGGUGGAUUUCUCGAUCUAGAUUUGCUUCAGGAAAGGCAAGCUUCGGCUGCGUCUGCAAACGGGAAAGGCUCGACUCAAAAGGCAUGGAGGAAGGAGGACUUGGACUUCCUCGUUAAUGACUUUUUCAGCGAACCAUAUGUACUAUAA